AUGCCAUUCGGCUCGCUCUCAGUAUCCAACGCGGCCAUUCCACAGUAUGCUCCUCCGUAUCCAGUGGAUGGCAGCGACUAUGCAAGUGACGUUCUUACCGUUACCUAUCAAACAACGGUGCAGUGUGUGCGCCAUCUUGUGCCGGACAUGCUAGAGCUCGAGGACGAGCCACAGGUAUCAGUAAUGGUUUUGCAUCACAAAAUGUCCUCGUUUGGUCCAUACAACGAGUAUGUUCACUCGGUCAAAGUCAAAUACAACGGCGACACCUUUGACUACUUCCUGUCCCUCAUCCUGGACAAUGACUCACCAAUAUUAUGCGGCCGCGAGCAAUUCGGCUUCCCCAAGAAGUUAGGGAACGUGGAGUUGGCGUUGAAAACUGGAUCGACGGUCGUUCACGGCUACGUGGAGCGACCUGCGGGCCAAAAGGUUGUUGAGGUUGGUUUCCAGCCUGAACAGAAAGUGAAGGGCACGAUUGAGAGCGCAAUUCAGGGGUUAAAUCUGCGUGUCAUUCCUUCGGUGGUUUCGGGUCAGAGUCCGUGCGUCAAGGAACUGGUGCCAGUCGACAUCAGUAUGGAGGCAAGUGAGGUUUGGCAAGGCUCUGGUUCUGUCUGCUUCCCAGAGCCAUCAAAGUUCGAUCCGAUGCACGAGGUCAAAGUCCUUCGAUACGGAAUGGCGACUCUGCUGCGGAAUGCAUCCCUUGCGAUCCGUUUGCCGACAAAAGUUUUCCAGCUAUAA